CAAAUCACAUGACUGGAUACAAAAAUUGUGAAAUAACUCACUCGUGUAGCUAGCUAGCUAUCAUUGCCAUUGACAGUUUAUUGGGAUACUACAAGUACAAGAGAACAAUUUGAGAACAAGCUGCGUGUGAGCUGAACAAUGAAACUAUUGACAACCAUAGCAGUGGUCACUGUGUUAGUGGCUGCAUGUGAGGCGGGGUCAAAGUGCGUGUGGGGCCCCUCCUACUGGUGCCAGAGUCCCAGCACUGCUAAAGAAUGUGGCCAGGAGACCUACUGUCAACAGGCCGUCUGGAUGGCCAAGAAGGAGAAGGUCGGAGGUGCAUUGGAGUGUGACAUGUGUAAGCUGGUGGUUAACAAGAUAGAGGGACUCGUGGAAACCAAGUCCACCGAGAUUGAUAUAGAGGUGGAGGUCAAGAAACUGUGCCAAGUUGCCGGGCCCUUGAACGCAGCCUGUAGGUCUUUCAUUGACCAGUACUUUGACCAGAUCUGGAAAAUGGUCACCAAAGAAUUGGAUGCCAAGACGGUGUGUGACAUGAUCAAGAUGUGUGCUCCCUCCAAGACCGUCCAGCUAGCCGCGGCUAAGCCCGAAAACGUUGGAGAUGCAUGCUCUCUUUGCAAGACAGUUACUGGCUUCCUCAAGUCGUUUGUGGACAGCAACAGCUCUGAGCCUGAGAUCAAGACAGCACUGGAAGACUUCUGUAAACUGUUUCCAACAAACAUAUCAAAAGAGUGCACUGACUUGGUGGACUCAAAGUUUGUUCUGAUCUGGGUGCUAGUAAAGGCUGAAGUGGACAGUGGUGAUAUCUGCUAUCAGGUUGACCUGUGCAACAAGACUCUUCUCUCUCUACCACGCAAGACUAGUCCCAAAGGGCUCGGAGAUGCCUGCUCAACUUGCACGCUAGUUGUGAACUAUAUUAAGUCAUUUGUGGAUGGUAAUUACUCUGAGGAUGAGGUCAAGACGGCACUGGAGACUCUAUGUAAAGUACUACCAGGAAACAUCUCAACAGAUUGCACUAACCUGGUGGACUCAAAGUUUGAUCUGAUCUGGACACUAUUGAAGGCUGAAGUGGACAGUGGUGAUGUCUGCAAACAGAUCGGACUAUGCAACACCACUCUCUCUCUACCACACAAGACUAGUCCCAAAGGGCUCGGAGAUGCCUGCUCAACUUGCACGCUAGUUGUGAACUUUAUUAAGAAUUUUGUGGAUGGUAAUUACUCUGAGGAUGAGGUCAAGACGGCACUGGAGAGUCUAUGUAAAGUACUACCAGGAAACAUCUCAACAGAUUGCACUAACCUGGUGGACUCAAAGUUUGAUCUGAUCUGGACACUAUUGAAGGCUGAAGUGGACAGUGGUGAUGUCUGCAAGCAGAUUGGACUAUGCAACACCACUCUCUCUCUGCCACACAAGACUAGUCCCAAAGGGCUCGGAGAUGCCUGCUCAACUUGCACGCUAGUUGUGAACUUUAUUAAGAAUUUUGUGGAUGCCAGUAGCUCUGAGGAUGAGGUCAAGACGGCACUGGAGACUCUAUGUAAAGUACUACCAGGAAACAUCUCAACAGAUUGCACUAACCUGGUGGACUCAAAGUUUGAUCUGAUCUGGACACUGUUGAAGGCUGAAGUGGACAGUGGUGAUGUCUGCAAACAGAUCGGACUAUGCAACACCACUCUCUCUCUACCACACAAGGUGCCCAAGGGUGGUGAGGAGUGUGAGCUGUGUAAGGUGAUUGUCAGCUACCUAGACCUGGCCGUCAACAAGAACUCGACAGAAAAGGAGAUUGAGACUGCUGUGGAGGAUUUCUGUCGACUCAUCAAGUCCACAAAGUGCACUUCCCUCAUCACUGAGUACUUUGGAGUAGUCUGGCAGUUGGUCAAGGGAGAAUUGAACAACGAUGAGUUCUGUAAGCAGACCAACAUGUGUCCCUCGCUCAGUCGAGUUGCCAUCUCCGUGCCAACGGUCUCUGUGGUGUGCGAUGUCUGUAAACUCGUGGUUCCUUUCUUAAGAAAUUUUAUUGACAAUAACAAAACUGAGACCGAGGCCAAGGCUGCAGUGGAAGGACUCUGUAGCAAACUACCAAACUCUUAUGAAGACGAGUGUACUUCACUCGUAGAUAACUACUUUGGCUUGAUCUGGAAAUACCUGGAGUCUUACACUGAUGAUGAACAAAUCUGUUCAGAUCUUGAGUUGUGCUCCAAGUCUAAAGUCACUGUGUCUCUCCAGAGGAAGCUCCCUCAGGCUGGUGUGGGGUGUGUUCUGUGCGAGUUUGUGCUCAAAGAAGUUUACGAUGUUCUGGACGGCAACACGACUGAGGCUGCCAUUAAGAAUGCUCUGGACCAAGUGUGUGAUAUUCUACCAUCAUCCCUCAAGUCAGAGUGUCAGGAGUUGGUUGAUACCUACACACCUCAGAUCAUCAAUUUUAUUGAGCAAGAACUUACCCCCGAGGAAAUCUGCACCAAACUCACUCUGUGUACGUCCACCAUCAAAGUCUUUUCUCCCAAAGUUUCUUCUCCCAAGGCUGGUGUGGAGUGCAUUAUGUGCGACUUUGUGAUGAAAGAACUGGAGAAACUUCUUGGAGAAAACUCUACAGAGGCUGAAAUCAAGGCUGCUCUGGAUAAAGUGUGCAGUUAUCUACCAAAAACCGUUAACAGCACGUGCGUAUCCCUUGUGGACAAUUAUCUUGAUGAUAUUGUUAAAGCAAUCGUCAAUGGUGCUACUCCCGACGAAGUCUGUACAGUUAUUAAACUGUGCACAACCUCCGCCAAAUUCUCGUCUCUCAAAGUCUCAUCUCCCAAGGCCAGUGUGGAGUGCGUUCUGUGUGAGUUUGUGAUAAAAGAAGUGGACAGUCUUAUCGGAAACAACAACACUGAGGCUGCCAUCACUUCUGCUCUGGAGAAAGUGUGCAGUAUUCUACCAAAAACAAUCCAGACUGAGUGUGUCUCCCUUGUGGACCAGUAUGCUGAUGAGAUCAUUCAAGCACUCGUUAGUGGACUCUCACCUGACCAAGUGUGUACUACUAUUAAGCUGUGCACAUCAGUCAGCAAAGUAUCGUCUCCCAAGGCUGGUGUGGGGUGCAUUCUGUGUGAGUUUGUGAUAAAAGAAGUGGACAGUCUUAUCGGAAACAACAACACUGAGGCUGCCAUCACUUCUGCUCUGGAGAAAGUGUGCAGUAUUCUACCAAAAACAAUCCAGACUGAGUGUGUCUCCCUUGUGGAUCAGUAUGCUGAUGAGAUUAUUCAAGCACUCGUUAAUGGACUCUCACCUGACCAAGUGUGUACUACUAUUAAGCUGUGCACAUCAGUCAGCAAAGUAUCGUCUCCCAAGGCUGGUGUGGGGUGCAUUCUGUGUGAGUUUGUGAUAAAAGAAGUGGACAGUCUUAUCGGAAACAACAACACUGAGGCUGCCAUCACUUCUGCUCUGGAGAAAGUGUGCAGUAUUCUACCAAAAACAAUCCAGACUGAGUGUGUCUCCCUUGUGGAUCAGUAUGCUGAUGAGAUUAUUCAAGCACUCGUUAAUGGACUCUCACCUGACCAAGUGUGUACUACUAUUAAGCUGUGCACAUCAGUCAGCAAAGUAUCGUCUCCCAAGGCUGGUGUGGGGUGCAUUCUGUGUGAGUUUGUGAUAAAAGAAGUGGACAGUCUUAUCGGAAACAACAACACUGAGGCUGCCAUCACUUCUGCUCUGGAGAAAGUGUGCAGUAUUCUACCCAAAACAAUCCAGACUGAGUGUGUCUCCCUUGUGGACCAGUAUGCUGAUGAGAUCAUUCAAGCACUCGUUGAUGGACUCUCACCUGACCAAGUGUGUACUACUAUUAAGCUGUGCACAUCAGUCAGCAAAGUAUCGUCUCCCAAGGCUAGUGCCACGUGUGUGUUAUGUGAGUUUGCUAUGAAAGAACUGGACAGUCUUCUUGAGAAAAACUCUACCGAGACUGAAAUUGAGCAGGCUCUUGAAAAAGUGUGCAGUAUUCUACCAGCCACCAUACAGUCUGAGUGCAAGACAUUUAUGACGCUCUAUACUCCGGAUAUUAUUGCUGCCCUUGAGCAAGAACUUGAUCCGAAAACAGUCUGCACUGCUAUUAAAUUAUGUACUAACUCUGCUGUCAGAGUAACGUCUCCCAAGGCUGGACCGUUGUGUGUUAUCUGUGAGUAUGUCAUUGAAAAACUGGUCUCCUUGAUAAAUGGAAACAUAACUGAGGCUGCCAUUGAGAAGGCUCUGGAUGAAGUGUGUUCUGUGUUGCCUUCCAGUAUUAAGGAUGAAUGCGUCACGUUUGUUGACAAGUACGCUCCCGAGAUAGUGACUCUGCUACUGGAUGGUGCAGCAACCAAGGCAAUCUGUACCCUCCUCCACCUGUGCCUCUUUGAACAGCAACCACUCGUCAAGAAUCCUAAAGCAGCCACGGAGUGUGAUGUUUGCAAGUUCACCAUUAACUCCGUUAAGUCUCUGAUCGACUCCAAUUCUUCUGAGAAAACAGUGGAGGGGGCACUAGAGAAGGCUUGCUCGCUGCUUCCCAAAGAGAUCUCUGGAGAGUGUGAAGGCAUAGUGCAGGAGUAUGGAGCUCCCAUCAUCCAACUGUUGGACAAUGAGAUCGACGCAACAAAGCUGUGUGAAGACGUUAAGCUGUGCAAGAAGAGCAACAAGAAAGCUGUCAACUUGCUCAUGAAGCCGUGGCUCAAAAUGGCUCGAGCCAGACAGCUCUAACUCUAGCAAUUUAAAAAGAACUUUAAUUACAUGAACCCCAUUGCUGCAGUUACAUGUAUAGUAUUAUUAACGUAUGUGCGUGAACUUUUUUAUAGUAAGUUAUUGUCUCCAAUUAACAUGAUAAGAAGUGUUGUUAAUUAGUUCA